AUGGUGGUAUCUGUAAUUGGCUUUUUGCAUGACAACUUUGUCCCACAUGUGCCAAAAAAAGAACAAUCUCUAGUUGAAGACAAUGCUUUCUUUGAAUACGAAGUAGAGGUUGUCCAAGAAAAUCUGAAACAUGACGAAAAGAAAGACACAGAAUCUAUACAUUCACGAUCGACAACUUCUACUAGUCAGUCUAUAAAUCAGCUUCAUAGGUCAUUGAGAGGUAGACAUGUACAGUUAUUAGGCAUUGGUGCUACCAUAGGAUCCGCUUUAUUUGUUGCGAUUGGAAGGGCCCUUGCAGAAGGUGGACCAUUAAACCUUUUGUUAGGAUUUGUCAUAUGGUCAAUUCCUAUUUUAUUUAUCACUCUUUCUACGGCUGAGAUGGUAUCUUACAUGCCAAUAACUUCACCUUUUGUGAGAUUGGCAGGUAGAUGCUGUGAUAGAGCUUUAGAAGUUAUGACAGCAUGGAAUUUUUGGUUCUUAUGCUGUGCACAAAUUCCCUUUGAAAUUACAGCUUUGAACACAAUUCUUCACUUUUGGAGAGAUGAUUUCACUCCUGCUAUCCCACUUGUUAUUCAAACGGUCCUUUAUUUCUUCAUCAAUACAUUGGGUGUCUCAGUCUAUGGUGAAACAGAAUUCUGGUUAAGUAUCGGUAAGGUAGUUUUGGCAACUGGUUUGAUCUUGUUUACAUUCAUCACUAUGGUGGGAGGCAAUCCUCAGCAUGAGGCUUAUGGAUUUCGCUAUUGGAACAACCCCGGUCCUAUGAAUGAGUAUCUCCAUACAGGUGCCUUAGGUAGAUUUGAAGGCUUCUUAGCUUGUUUAAUCCAGGCCUGCUUCACAUUUGCGGGCCCUGAAUAUAUCGCCAGUGUUGCCUCAGAAACAAUCAAUCCCAGAAAAACCCUACCCUCUGCAUUUAAACAGGUCUUCAUUCGUUUAAGUAUUUUCUUUAUUGGUGGUGCUCUUUGCGUUGGUGUUUUGAUACCUUAUAAUAAUGAUGACUUGGUCGCAAAUUUAGCGUCUUCCAAGCCAGGCGCUGGUGGAUCACCUUACGUUAUAGCGAUGCAUCAAAUGAAUAUAAACGUGCUUCCACACAUUGUGAAUGGUUUGUUAGUUACCGCAGCUUUCUCAGCAGGAAACUCUUAUACUUAUUGCUCAUCAAGGACCCUCUAUGGAGUCGCCUUAGACGGGUUAGCACCUAAAUUUUUAACAGCGACAACGAAAACAGGUAUUCCGAUGUAUUGCGUCUUGGUUUCAUUAUGUUGGGCUUUAAUCUCAUUUCUCCAAUUAGGUGAGCAAGCUUCCGUCGUCUUAGACUGGAUUAUCAACUUGAUUACUAGUUGCCAAUUACUCAACUUUUCUAUACUUUGUUUCGUCUACGUGUUCUUUUACCGUGCAGUCAAAGCACAGGGUCUCGAUAGAGACUCGUUUCCUUUCAAAUCAUGGUAUCAACCAUGGUUGGCCAUUAUUGGUGGGGGUUCUGCAUUCGUCAUGAUAUUUAUUAACACUUACACGAUAUUUCUUCCAGGUCUGUGGGAUGUGAAGUCAUUUUUGUUUUCCUACCUUAUGCUCUUCAUAGAUGCUGCUAUCUUCAUUGGGUACAAAAUAAUUAAGAGAACUAAAUGGAGAAAAGCUUCCGAAGUAGACUUGCAGACCGGUCUUAAAGAGGUUGAUUUGCACGAGGAGCAAUUCUAUCAAGAGCUAGAAAAGGUGAAGGGUUUAUCUUCUGACGGAAAUAUUCAGAGCAAGUGGUAUGAUCGAUUUUUCACUGUCAUAUUUGGAAGUGAGUUGAAAUAA